GCUGCUCUGCUCUGCUCUCAGGAAGUCCUGUCUGAAUAUUAAUAUGGAUGCAAACGCACAGUGAGGAUGCCCAGCGCGCCGAUAUCUGCGCAUUUUCUCUGUUGACGUUUUUUUAUUUUUCCUCCCCUCUCCCUCUCCCGCCUCAUGCCUCAACUGAACCGAGAGCAUGUUUGUCUUUUCGCGGGGGUCGUGUGGGAGGCUUUCCUUUUUUCUUUUUUGUUUUCCGGACACACACGCACACACGAGCGCGCGAGGAGGAUGGCGUUUCACCUGAGUGUUUGCAGAGGAGCUUUUUGUAACGUCGCAUUGAAUUGCAUCAUGGUUUUCAAUCAGAUCUCAGCCCGGCCAGCUCCGCGCACCGAGCCUCGGUAGUACAGUGCUGUGUUUAUCAUAAAAAUGGAAGACCUUUCGCGUCAAGACGAGGCGUCAUCCCGGUGAAAUGCGUCUGAAUACCUGAUUUUCCACCUCCACGUCAAUUGACACAUCUGGGAAAACGUUUUUGUGCGUGUGUGUUUUUUUUCUCCUUCCCCUCUCCGCUGCCGUCUAUCAAGACAGCUGUGUCAUCAACAACCGGCGUGGUGUUGUUGUUGUCUGAUUUUUUACGAGCCUGGGCAACUGGAUAUCGGCACAGUCUGCCUCUGCGCCAGCCAUAGGCUACCCGGUUACUAAGGUGAGUUGGAGGAGGCUGCCUGUGACAUACGUCCCCUUCUCCCGGGUCUUCUUCUAUACCAUGAGCUCUGGCUCUGCCCAGGAUGUGGCAGUCGAGCAUUUCCUGCGUGACAUAGAGAGGCGAAGCAAGCGGCUACACUGUGCUGUGAUAGGCUGCGAGGAGGAGCGACCCCGCAGCGACAUGAACCUGCUGUAUCGUAAGAGCCGUUUGGACUGGAGGCAGAGGGACCAAGAGGGCAGCAAAAAGAGCUCCACCCAAAACGACCCCUCAGCCACUGUUGGCAAAGUCAGAGAUUUGGCUUCUUUCCGCCGGCACUUCCGGAUGGGUUUCAUGACCAUGCCGGCGUCCCAGGACCUGUCGCCUCACUCUUGUGCCUCCGCCAUGGCGCCCCGCUCGCAGUCCUGCCACGCUGUCGGCGCCGGAGAUACGAGUCUGGAGAACGGAGAUUACUCUGACACCCAGUCCCAACACGGUGGCCGCUGCCCGCCGGCCAAACCCAAACGUCACCCCAGCACGCGCCUCAGCUCCUCAUCCGCCGACAGCAGAGGACUUCCUGAGACGCCGCCUCCUCAGUCCAGUCACUCACAGUCCAAACACACAGAGAAGAAAAAUGCCAUGAAGAAGUCUGACUCUGGAGAGAUCGGCUCAAAGAAGGUGCCUCCUUUAAAGCCCAAGAGAAGCCCCAGCACCCAGCUUUCCUUUGACCCUCUUCCUCCACGUGUGCCUCCCUCUGCCGCAUCCUUGCCUUUCCAGGCAGCAGACUCUCAGAUCCAGACAGGAGAUGGGGAGGACGAGCCAGUCUAUAUAGAGAUGGUGGGCCAAGUAUUCACCAGAGACAGCCAGACAGCCACCCCCCACCCUGUCACCCCUGUGGCCACCACGCCUGACUCUGACUCAGACCAGAGUGAGGCCAUCUAUGAGGAGAUGAAAUACCCACUGCAAGAGGACCGAGAGUCCCAGAGACACCUCCCCCCAAAACACGAGAAACUGAGAAACUCUAAACACUUUCACGUCACCCCGUCCUCCUCUAGCAGCUCCUCCUCUCUGCCACGCCCCUCCUCUUCCUCGCCUUCCUACUCCAAACCCAAAGCUACGGUAUCGAUUUCCCAUUCGUCUCCUCUGCCUUCCUCUGCGUCCUCCACCCCUGUCCCCCAGGUCCUCUCUGCUAGUCCACACACUCCACGAGCUCCUACUCCCUACCUGCUGCAGGGGAGUAAAUCCGAGCCGGAGUCCAACACAAAGAUCCCAGCCCCUUUCCCCAAUCUUCUCCAGCAUCGACCCCCGCUGCUGGCCUUCCCUCAGCCGGCCGCAGCCUCCAGCGGGGUCGGAGUGCAAAACAAGGGGUCUUCUGCUAAAAUGGGAACUCAGACAUCCAGCGUGACAACUCAAGCCAGCACCUCCUCCUCGACUUCUUCUAAUGUUCCCACGUCGCUGUCUGGCUCUAAGGAGUCAUCGGGAGGAAGUGCAUCCCAGCAGGACAAACACAGCAGAGAUUCACAGAUAUGUCCUGCUCCUGGACUGAGGGCCAGGAGCCACUCUACGCCUCUGCCCCCCUCGUCCAAAUCCACCUCCCCUUUCUCGCAUCACCACCACCACCCUCACCACCGACCCUCACACUACCAUCACUAUCGUAAGCCAGAGAGAGGAGACUCGCCUGUUCCGAACAAGAGCAGCUCUCAGACUUCCACGGUCCAGACGCAAACCUCGAGUACGGGAAAGGAAGGGAAGUCUGUGAGCUUCCUCUUGAAGUCUGAUAAAGGAGAGAGGGAUAAGGAUAGAGACAGAGACAAGGACAGGGAUAAGGACAGGGACCGAGACAGAGAAAGGGACAGGGAUAGAGGUAGAGACAGGGACAGGGAGAGGGACAAAGAGAAGGACAAGGACAGAGAAAGAGAUAGAGACAGAGACCGGGACCGGGACAGUGACAGACAUAGGGAUAAGGACAGGGACAGAGAAAGAGACAGGGACAGGGAAAGAGAUCGGGACCGGGACAGAGAAAGAGAUCGGGACCGGGACAGAGACAGAGACAGAGACAGAGAUAGGGACAGGGACAGGGACGGAGGGCCGUACUCUUUACAGUUGGAUCACGUCUCCACAUCUCAAAGCAGCACCAGCUCAACCCCCACACCAUUAUCCUCAUCCCAGCGUCCUCAUUCUCGUCCCCAUCUCCGCUCUCACACUCCACACGGCCUGCCGGCAUAUAAGCCGCCCUCCUCAGACAGCCCCUUGCUGUGGACCUACCCCUCCGGUGGUUUCCGGAGACCGCCGGCUUACGAGAGCCUGAGAGGGAGCUCUCAGACGCCAUCUCUGCAACAGCCCUCGAGCCUCCCCGGCGUAGGCGAGGGGGCAUCCAAGAGUAACGGAGGGUCUUCUGCGUCCCUCCAGUCCAAAGUUGGCUUCAUGCCCUGGGAUAGCAGUGCCAGCUUAGCUGCAGAUGAGGGAUCUUACUGGCCUAUGCAGAGGAAAUUGUCCUUUAGUCAUGGGAGCAGAGAAACAGAAAAGGACGAUGGGCGUGCGUGGAAUGGCAGCGCUGACGCUCUGUUAAGGAUGGAUAAGGAGGACCACGGCAUGGGGUCACGAGGAGGCCACUCAGGCAUCCCAGUCCACUUCAGCAGUGCCAGCAGCAGGGCGCAUAGCGAGUCGUUGGCUGGCGUGGAUAGCCCGGGUUUCAGAGCCCUGCCCAGAGUUGGUCUGCCUCUCCCCUGCCAGACCUUCCCUGCCUGUCGCAAUGGAGAAGUGGGGCGGCUGGGCCGCUCCUCCUCUGCUGCUGGGGUGAGACAGGUGGGUGGAGGAGAUGUCCAGAGACAGAGCAGCCUACCAGCACGAGAAGCCCUGAACCAGCUGCACGGUCUGGCCCCGUCUCAAGCGCCCUGCAGUCCCAGCAGUCCCAGCGUGUCCCGGCAGCAGCAGCAGCUUCAGCUCCACCAGCAGCAGCUACAGCUAAAGCAGCAGCUCCAGCAGCUCCAGCAACAGCACCACCUGCAGUUGCAGUUCCAGCAGCUCGCCCAGCUGGCACAGGGACAGCCUGCUGUCAGCGGGGGCACCACCCCGUCCGCAACGCAGACCCAGAGAGACGGCAAGCUGCUGGAAGUCAUCGAGCGCAAGCGCUGCCUGUGCAAAGAGAUCAAGGCCCACAGGCGCCCUGACAAAAGCCUGUGCAAGCAGGACAGCAUGCCCAUCCUCCCUAGCUGGAGACGGACACCUGAGCCUCGUAAGACUGGCACGCCACCCUGCCAGAGGCCGCAGGCCGUGGUGUGGGACACGGCCAUCUGAGGUGGAAAGACAGGUUAGCAAGUACCGCACUGAAGAGAGAAUGAUCACACAGAGGAGCUGGAGAUGGUUGGACAAUAAACAAGAAGGUUCAGUGGAGUGAAAUGUGCUCUACCCGUGUGAUAAACUGAUUUGAGAACAGUUAAGAAGGUUACUGAGGACAGAACUUGUUUGGGAAAAACAAAAAAAUCAGUGACGAAGAGGGAAUGUUACAAUCAGACUAAAUUAAUCUCUCACCUGGGUGAUUUGUACUUGCUCUGUACUACGUCCUUUUUUUGAUGUGUUCUAAUUGCCAAUGAUCUUUUGCCACAAAAACACCAGUGUUAUUGCCACAAAACGAAGACAAUAAUAAUGGGUGGGAUGUUUUUUUUCUGAGAUUGGUGUUGCCAAAUUUCCUCCUGACUACUUGAGACAUAAAAACAGAACCAUGUAUUUUCUCCAACACACAGUUGUCCGACGCGUCGAAACUGCUCUGAAGGUCGAGGCUCAUUUGAUAAGUUAUCGAAGUGUUUCUUGAAAUCGUGAAUGCAUAUGAGAUGUCUUGGUAUCAAUAGAUUGUCAUUGUGGAUGCAAAUAAUCAUCACUGAGGAGUUAAAGCUACCUACUGUAUCUGUUUGCAUAUUUGUAAUGUAAAUCUAUUUACUUUCUCAACGUUUCUGCAGUUUUAUAGCAAUAUGCUCCCAAAUGGCGGAGCAACAUAAUUAAAACUUGUGUCAACUAGCCUAACAUACAUAUCUAAGACUUGAAUAAGUCAUAUUUACUGUGUCAUUCUCUGCAUGUCACGAUAGACAUACAGUAUUGUAAAAGAAUAUGUGUAGAGAUGAUCAUGUCCGACUUUUACAUACAGCAGAUCUUCACUAUGAUAACACGUGGUUGUACAAAAAGAUGAAUAUAUCGCUUUGGGGAGGGGAGGGAGGGGGUGUCAUUAGUUAAAGGUGGUGUGACAGAUCCAGCCAAAUAUAGAUACAGAUCAAUGGUACAAAAAGACUUCAUCACUCAUGCUUAUCCACAGUUGCACAUUAGUGAUUGUUCCACCACACAGAAAAACAAGCACUGACACCCAUCAACACAGACUGUACAAUAUUGGUGCAACUGAUAAGACUGUGAGUAUUGAUCACCUCAAACAGAAUGCUGGAACAAUCUGCACAAAAAAAACAUGGUAUAUGCUUAGGAGAAAUUAAAAAAACCCUAAUGUACUGUAAAUAGAUAUGUACAACUGUAUUGAAAAUGUAGCAAUUAUUUCCAUUUUCAUACUUGUAAUCAAUACAUAUUAUGUAGCAUAUACUGUAUAAACAUAACUUUGUUCACUUGUUUUUUCUAAAAGAAUUAAGUACUUUAUCUGCUGCAGCCAGUCCAUGCAUUACUUAUAGUUCUACUAAUAAAUGGUAAGCCCUCUAAAGAAA